ACGAACGAACGUAACUAGCCACCAUCGUCCGUCUGGCCGGUUUCGGAAAGAAAGUCGGAUCGUCCGGGUGCGCCAGUUCGUUAAUGUGUCCUCCGCCCACGUCACGGGGACAUCUAAUCCAGACCCUGGGCCGGGACGCCUGGCAAUCGAAUUGUCCCGUGAUCUGAGCUCUCGCGGUUUCCGUCGCUAGUGCACGUCGCCCGGUGAAGUCAGUGAAGUUAACUUUAAUGUAAUAAAACACCCCGACAAACAGUUCAGCACUAAUUAGUCGCAGGAGCAAGGAGCCGGCACGGUACACCAUACGUGCCGCGGAUACAGAGGGCGCCACAGAAGUCCCGGUCCUGGCGAGCUCUAAACCGUCGUAACCGAAAAGGUGCCGACUACUCUCACCACAUCCAGCCCCACCGCGCCCCCCCCCCUGCACCCGGGCGAGAGGUUAUUUAAAAUUCUGGCAAUGAUCUUUGGUGAUUUAGUAUGCUGCGUGCAUUCGGUGGUACUGCUUCAAUGCUGCAUCGCUGCGGUGGUGGCCGGAGCGGGUGUUCCUGCAACCAGCGCCGAGCCGGUGGUGGCAGGUGGCGGACGGCAGAUUGUCGCCGCCCCGCAGAUACGGCGGCCGACACCGCCCACCGGCGGGUCGUUCAACCGAAGUGGCAAAUACACCGACACGCUGCCAGGAGAGCUGAACGAGGACUGCCGAGUGUCACAGGAUUGCCGACAGCAUGCGUACGCGUGUGAUGCUCGGAAGCAGGUCUGCAGCUGUGCCGAAGGAUACCGUGCCGACGAUGCGGAGCGGAUGUGCCUGGGAGCCGUGGGACGCCGGUGCAUGUACGACAGUCACUGCGUCACGAAUGCUUAUUGCAAGGGACAAAUGAUCUGUACGUGCAAACGUGAAUACGGAUUCCCGGCCGACGAUAACUGGUCAUGCCAAGCGUCGUCCGCGAGAGCAUCCGCUCGGAUCGGCACGGCACUACUCGGAGCCCAGCACACGCUUCUUUCGCUUCCGGUGGCCAUCUUUUCGAUCCUGGCGCUCCGGGGUACGGACGCGUUUCGCAGCACCGUCGGCGGCGCAUUGCCGUAGCAAAUAAACUCAUUUAUUGGUACGAUUAAAUUAAAAACAGACCCUUUGUGGACGUGGAGUGUUCGAUGUUGUAAAUUCUGAUGCAGAUGAUGACGGCCGCGCUUUGCUGGCCGUUUGCCACCGUCACCGCGGGCAACCGUUCGCUGUACGAGGACGACCCAGGUCCACCCGUUAAUAAAACCAUCAGCACUGCCGACCUGGACGUGGUACCGUUCAUUCAUAUUUCAUGUUGCUGCUGCCGCAACUGCAUGUUGUACACUGCCCGAGGAAAGGGAUUGCGAAAUCUGUUAAAAUAUGUUACCGUAGCAAUCGAAGUCCUGGCUGAUGGCUUCAGGCCGCCGACCAUCCGACGCCAGACGGCGGCGGUGUGAGUUGAACGUUCCAGCGAAGAAGCGCGGGCAACCGAAUCGAACGA